AUGUUAUUUACACCUUUAUUAAUCGGCGCUGCCUCAAUCGCUGCCCGGGUAUCAGCAAACACAGAAUCGAACCAGCAACGCAAUGGCGAACCCCAAGCUGUGUCACCCAAAAAGCCCGUAGGUAUACGGAAGAUGAGCAAUGACUCAGGAGAAAAGUUCUUCAUGCACUACUGGCACUUUGAGGAGGAUGACAAUGUUGCAAACACGACAGACGCGCAGGACAACACCUCACACACCGAAAUUGAACGCAGCUCAAUCCUGCCUCGCGAGUACUAUUUCCAGCCGCCGCUUUUUGAGCACUCUGCACCGCUUGCUCCGCGGGACUUUCAGUGUCCUGCGGGAACGGAGGCGUGUACGUCUAUUGACCGAUCGGAUAUCUGCUGCGGUACGGACGAGACGUGCGUGCCGGUUGAGGAUACCGGGUCUGGGGACGUGGGCUGUUGUCCGGCAGGCCAGGACUGUUCAGGGACGAUUGGCUCUUGCUGGGAGGGAUACACUACCUGUCCAUCUUCACUUGGAGGGGGGUGCUGCUUUCCUGGCUACGAGUGUGUCGAUGGGGGUUGCUCUCAUGUCGUCACUGUAACACUGACCUUUUCCUCGACGACUCUGACGACUACAUCGACUGAAACGAUUUCCGCGACGAGCACCACUUCGACCACCACCUCAGAGCCCACUACCACAAGCAGCACGUCGUCAACAGGGGAUCUGUCUCCGCCCGAUAGACCAACAAGUUCAACUACAAGCACAAGCUCCGAAACCGAAUCAUCCUGUCCAACAGGCUUCUACGCAUGCUCCGCAGUCUAUCACGGCGGAUGUUGUCAGACAGGCCGAGACUGCGAUACUACCUCGUGCCCGGCUGUACCAUCGACAACGAUUGUGAGCAAUGGCCAAACCAUUGUGGCUGCUGAGCCGACGUCAACAGCAGACGACAGUGAAGAGAGUGGUCCAAAGGAAUGUGCGAGUGGCUGGUUUAGCUGCGCAGAUACUGUCGGCGGCGGGUGCUGCCCAACCGGAUAUGCGUGCGGAUCGAGCUGUACGGCAGUGCCGACUGCGUCGACGACGGGGACGGUGGAUAAAGUGGCGCCGACAGUCGAGUCGAUGGCUGGAGUUGUGAGGGUUAACUGGGCGUUGUGGGCUAUGUUGACUGCGAUGAUGCUAUAA